ACGGUAGAUUGUUGCACGUAAUCUUUAUCAUUUAUUUACAAUUUCUCAGAAAAGUAUUUUUAUGAUUUGUAAUUUGUUGAUGCAACAUUAAUUAUGUAAAUUGUCUAUACAGUGAUCAACAGCGACUCGGUCGCUAACUAGCAAGUUUUCAGUGAAAGGUGUAAAAAUGUUGUGGGGAUAAUUUGAGUGGUCGAGUAAGAGAUCAAUCAAAACAAUGGUACCCGCACCGAGCUGCCCAAAUACGUGGGACUACUGGACGUCCUCGACGUCCGACCACGUUGACCUGAUAUGCCUGAUGCCCAACUCCGUGUAUAUGCCGCUUACAGUGAGCUGGGAUGCAACACUGCAGGAUGUGAAGGAGGAAUUAUGGGAUCAAGCUGGGAAAUAUCCACUAUUUGGCAUGCUCCAUGAGAUGACAGGAUAUGUUUUCCAGUUCAUCAACUCUCUAGCAGUUACUGAGGAAGUGGAUGAUGAGAAUAAACGACUCAGAGACAUAAAACCAUCUUGCGGAGUACUACUUAUAAUAGAAAGGUCCAUUGAAAGGCCUGGAGAGCAUUUGUUGAACACACACAUAAGUAAUUUGAUAGGAAAGGGUUUAAAUGAAUUUGACAAUCUAAAAAGUUCAGAAGUGAAUGACUUUCGGAUGCGAAUGCGGUACCUGGCAGAAGAGAGUAUGAUCAAAAGGGCACAGAGCACAAGGCUAGAAAGACUACGGUAUAGAUGUCCACCGAGACUAGCAGAUAGCCCCGCUGUGCCCACUACUCUUACAAGCCAUUUGAACAACAAUUGUUUUAUUCUUGUCACCAAAGUUGCUAAUACCGAGUUCUCAUUCACGACCAACGUGCCAGUAUCGCGAACUCCGCAGCAGCACAUCGACACGAUACUGAAGAAGAAGGUGAACUCUCUCAACAUGCGGGGUGAGGACCCCCGGAGUUACGUGCUCAAGGUGUGCGGGAGGGAGGAAUACCUGUUCGGCAAGGAGCCCCUCAUACAGUUCCUUUAUAUACAAGAGAUGUUAGCAAAAGACGGUGUACCUCAAGUCAUGACCGUCAGUAUGGACAAAUUGACAUUGGGCUGUGAUACACCAAUAGAAAGGCGGCAGGCUCCCCCAGAUUACUCUAACACGAUACGCAAGAAGAAAAACCACCACGAGUCUUCGUGGAAUAUUUACAAGAACUACACGUGUAAGGUGGAGAGUGUAAGCGGCCUUAACGUGGACAGACCCGUAGAGGUUGUUUGCCAAGCUGGUAUAUUUCACGGAGGCAAAGCUCUAUGCGAGGCUCAGAAGACUGAAGUAAAAACAGCGUCGAAGGAUGGCGUGGCGCAGUGGGACAAGGAGCUCACCUUUCCUAUCAAAGUGUACAACAUGCCGCGGAUGGCCCGCCUCUGCUUUGUUAUCUAUGAAAUCACUAAGACCAAGGGAAAGAGACGGGGGAAAGACUCCAAGGAUUCUAUAAACAAGUUGGCGUGGGCGAACACUAUGAUAUUCGACUACAAGGAGCAGCUGCGCACGGGCGGGCUGACGCUGUACAUGUGGACGCACGUGGCGGACGAGACGCAGGGCGACGACUGGCUGCUGCAUCCCCUCGGCACCGUCGUCUCCAACCCCAGCACUGACUCCUGCGCAGCGCUGCAGGUCUGCUUCUCUAAUUUCGACUGUCAGUACCCGAUACUGUUCCCUAAGCACGAGACAGUGAAAGCCUACGCUGACGACAUUGAGCUGGGCUCGCCUGACGUCAUCGCUCGCCUCAGCCGCGACUUCGAGCAGUUGCGGGUUACUGCGGAAAAGGACCCCAUGUACGAAAUGCACGAGCAAGAGAAGAAAGACAUUUGGGCUUCCAGGGAAUAUUUCCGCGUGGAAGCGCCGGAAUUACUACCAAAGUUGCUGUCAUGUGUGGAAUGGGGUGAGCGCGCUGAGGCUGCGAGCGUGGCGCGGAUGGUCGCCGGCUGGCCCAUGCUGCGGGUGGAGUCGGCGCUGGAACUGCUGGACUAUGCGUACGCUGAUGCAGCAGUCAGGAGCUUCGCUGUUAAGUGCCUGGCAGAGAUCAGGGACGAGAACCUAUUAUUGUAUUUGCUGCAGCUGGUGCAGGCGCUGAAGCACGAGUCGUACCUGAUGUGCGACCUGUCCGUGUUCCUGUUGCAACGCGCCUACAAUAACAUGACCAUUGGACACUUCUUAUUCUGGCAUUUACGUUCUGAGAUGCACGUUGCGGCGGUGUCGGUGCGUUUCGGGCUGAUGCUGGAGGCGUACUGCCGCGGCUGCCAGGACCACAUCAACACUCUCAUGCGACAGAUCACCUGCCUAGACAAACUCAAAUGGGCAAGUCAAUGUGUGCGUAAGAAGAAAGAGAUAUCAAAGGCGCGCGCGGCGCUGCACCAACACUUGCAGGAGCAGCACUGCAUUGAGACGCUCUGCGACUUCGUCUCUCCCCUCACGCCCAGCCUCAUCUGCAAGAAGAUCAAACCGGAACGAUGUCGAGUAAUGGACAGUAAGAUGCGGCCGCUGAUGCUGGAGUUUGAGAACGUAGAUCCGACGGGCGCGGACAUUCGUAUAAUCUUGAAGAUAGGAGACGACCUGCGCCAGGAUAUGUUCACGCUGCAGAUGUUGCGCAUCAUGGACAGGCUGUGGAAGAACGCGGGAUAUGACUUUAGACUGAACCCAUACAACUGCAUAUCAAUGGAGUACGCGGUGGGCAUGAUCGAGGUGGUGGACGACGCGGAGACUGUCGCCAACAUACAGAAGCAGAGUGCGCUAUUCAACGCCGCAUCUACAAUAUACAAAGCCAAUUUAUUCCAAUGGCUGAGAAAACAGAACCCGAGUGAGAGCGGGUUCAACAAGGCGGUGGAGGAGUUCACAAUGAGCUGUGCGGGUUAUUGUGUCGCCACGUAUGUGCUGGGCAUCGCUGACAGACAUUCUGAUAAUAUUAUGGUCAAGAAGUGUGGACAGCUAUUCCACAUUGACUUUGGCCACUUCCUGGGCCACUUUAAGCAGAAGUACGGGUUCAAACGCGAGCGCGUGCCCUUCGUCCUCACACAUGACUUCAUACACGUCAUCAACAAGGGCCAGCGUGUAUCCGGCGGCAACGAGGCUGUGGACUUUAAGAUAUUCAAAGAACAUUGCGAAACGGCAUUUAAAAUAUUGAGGAAGCAUGGUCACUUGAUCCUGUCCCUGUUCUCCAUGAUGAUCUCCACGGGUCUGCCGGAACUGCGCUCAGAGAAAGACUUGCAGUAUCUCAGAGAAACAUUGGUAAUGGAUUUAUCGGAAGAGAAAGCGCUGGAGCACUUCCGACUGAAGUUCAUCGAGGCGGUGAAGAAUUCGUGGAAGACGUCCUUCAACUGGGCCUUCCACAACAUCGACAAGAACAACCGACAGUGACCCGUCAGCAGGCGGCUGAAGCGCCAGCCGUCGAAGCACACGCCACAGACGCUGUAAACCGCAACUCCGCCUCGAGCUGACUCUCCGGAGUUGUGCUAGCAUGGAACUGCAGGUUCCGGAACUUUGCUGGUGCUGAAGCUUAGUUGUGGACCUCUGCCGGUCGGGUCGCAGUGAAUUUUAAACUCUAUCGCUUAGUGAUUAAGUCGCUUUUUGCGAACGCGUUUCUGCAACGGAUACACAGUUAAUAGUGAAGUUGUGAAAUAAUGUGAUAGUGAUAAGAUUUUACGCUGUGUCUAUCAUGGCUCAAGUGUUCUGUGCAAAUUAUACAAAAUAGUAAUGUUAAAUCAUUUGGUGAACUGAAUACUAUGUUUCGAUUCAAAAAUUUUAAACCUAACCGUGGGUUUCCAUUGACGAAAAAUCUGUACAUAAACAUAUUGUCAUUUUUCUGUAUAGGCUUUAUGGGAAACUCUUGAUUAAAAAAUCCUGUUUAAUUCGUCAGCAAAUUGAAAGAGAUUAAAGGUACGCGUACAUUGGCCUGCGCCGCACUAAAAUCUUUAGGGCCGUGCGUGCGGUGCGUCCGGCGCGGGCGAAUGGACGCGUAUCUUAAAUUUUCAAAUGUAUAAUUUAGUCGUAAAAUGUCAAUAUAUCUUCACAUUUUAGUUCCUAAUUGCAUUUAUAUUGUACAAGAAGAUCUUAAGAUAAUUUUACUGCUCUGAAAUUAUUGUGAAGUAUUGACAUAUUAAAUAAUACUAAACCAACUUUUUUUACAGUCAUGAGAGAACUGUUGAAAUAAAUUUCUGUAUAAGAUCAUCCGUUGCUUAAAAUUUCAAAUAACAUGCACUUCAAAUCUCAAUGUGUUUUGUUACCAAUUUACAUCCUAGCAAAUUGUAUUUUUUGUUCUUUUGACACUAAAAAGUCCUAAAAAUUUAAGAAAGUGUUAAAAAUAACGAGCCCUAAUGCAGUUAGUGCUGACACCGACUAGUUUAGAGUCCUAAAGUAGUUGGUGCCGACACUGACAGGUUUAGAGUCCUAAAGUAGUUGGUGCCGACACCGACUAGUUUAGAGUCCUAAAGUAGUUGGUGCCGACACCGACUAGUUUAGAGUCCUAAAGUAGUUGGUGUCGACACCGACU